CUCAAGCUAUAAAAGCCAAAGGUCCAGUGUCUAUCCCAUACCCACUCUUCCAGUCCCACGUGGAUGACUUGUACGUGGAGGGGCUGCCAGAAGGGAUCCCCUUCAGGCGGCCGUCCACCUACGGCAUCCCCCGCCUGGAGCGGAUCCUGCUGGCCAAGGAGCGCAUCCGCUUCGUCAUUAAAAAGCAUGAACUUUUGAAUUCCACACGAGAAGAUGUUCCACUGGAUAAACCAGGUGCAGGAGUGAAAGAGGAGUGGUAUGCCAGAAUCACCAAACUGAGAAAGACAGUAGAUCAACUCUUCUGUAAAAAGUUUGCUGAGGCCCUGGGGAGCACUGAGCCUAAAGCUGUUCCAUACCCGAAAUUUGAGGCCCAUCCUACUGAGCUCUGUGUUGAAGGGCUGCCAGAGAGCAUCCCCUUUAGGAACCCCUCCUGGUAUGGCAUCCCUCGCCUGGAAAAAAUAAUUCAAGCAGGCAACAGAAUAAAAUUUGUGAUCAAAAGGCCAGAACUGCUGACUGUCACUGCACCUGAAGUUAUUCAACCCAAGUCCAACACCCCAGGGAAAGAAGAUUGGAAUGUCAGGAUCACAAAGCUAAGAAAGCAAGUAGAAGAGAUAUUUAAUACAAAGUUUGCCCAAGCUCUGGGGCUUUCAGAGGCAGUGAAAGUUCCUUACCCUGUGUUUGAGUCCAACCCUGAGCACCUGUACGUCGAAGGCUUGCCAGAGGGAAUCCCCUUCAGGAGCCCCACCUGGUUUGGAAUCCCACGCCUGGAAAGAAUUGUCCGUGGCAGUGGCAAAAUCAGAUUUGUUGUUAAAAAGCCUGAGCUUGUAACUUCCUAUUUGCCUGCAGGACUGGCUAGUAAAAUAAACACUGAAGCAAUGAGCCCAAAGAGUUCAAAAAGGUCACAAAGUCCUGCAGGCAAUUCAGAGGUCCCAGAGAUUGGAGUUACUGUAGAAGGUCCUAAUAAACCACAAGCAGCAGAUGUUCGAACUAAUCCUCAAACCAAUGGGGCCAAUGUGAACAUCAAGCCACGAGGAAGAGAGUUUUCUUUUGAGGCGUGGAACGCCAAAAUCACCGACUUGAAGCAGAAAGUCGAAAAUCUGUUUAAUGAAAAAUGUGGGGAAGCUCUGGGGCUGACAGAACCAGUGAAGGUACCAUUUGCACUCUUUGAAUCCUUCCCUGAGGUUUUCUAUGUGGAAGGGCUACCCGAGGGGGUGCCAUUCCGACGACCUUCCACUUUUGGGAUUCCAAGACUAGAGAAGAUCCUGAGAAACAAAUCCAAGAUAAAAUUCAUUAUUAAGAAGCCUGAGAUGCUGGAGGCAGCUGUUAAGGAAAUUUCUGCUAGAAGUCCCCAAAGGAAAAUUAAUUCAUCUAACACAGCCAAUACAGCAAGCACCACAACAAACACAGCGGUGAGCACGGCUGCUGGUGUUGAAGAUCUGAACAUCAUUCAAGUCACUAUCCCUGAUGAUGAAAGUGAGCGACUGUCAAAAGUAGAAAAGGCCAGACACCUGAGAGAGCAAGUGAAUGAUCUUUUUAGCCGGAAAUUUGGUGAAGCCAUUGGUGUGAAUUUCCCUGUGAAAGUCCCAUACAGGAAAAUCACCAUCAACCCUGGCUGUGUGGUGGUGGAUGGGAUGCCUCCUGGCGUGGCAUUCAAAGCUCCCAGUUACCUGGAGAUCAGCUCCAUGAGGAGGAUUUUGGAAUCUGCAGAGUUUAUCAAAUUUACUGUCAUUAGACCAUUUCCAGGACUUGUGAUUAACAGUCAGCCAGCUGAACCAAGCCAAAUGGAAGUACCUGUAGGAGAUACUACAGAAAAAGGAGAAAAUGCUCAAAUAAAGCAAGAACCAGACCCAACGUGGUAG